CAUUGGCACUCCGCCAUGGCGUUCUCCACCCAAAAAGAGUUCUUUCAUGUGCCGUUUAUGAACGAGUCCAUUGACUUUGAGUGCCAGGAGGUGUGCGUUAAGUUAAAAAGCUACCCGUCGACGAAUGAUGAUCGAUCUUGGUCAGCCAAUGAGGACAAAAAAUCCCGCUUCAUUGCUGAUAUGGUGUCGUGCAACACACCCACAUACUGGCGCCGUGAUUCUGCAGACGGCGGACCUGGGCCCGGAGGUGCCGGUGGACCUGGAGGUGGCAGAGGUGGUGUCGGACCUGACGGUAGACCUUAUUAUGAUGACGACGGGCGGACAGGUAAGCCUGGUCGAAAGGGACAGGACAGUGGAAGGGGCGGGUAUGGUCGUGGUCGUGGUCGAGGUCAGGGGCAAGGUGAAGGCUAUGAUGAAGGACAACAGGACGGUCGUGGUGGUUAUGGGGGUCCACGUCAGGGCGGUUGGGGUGGCAGAGGUCAGGGUCAAGACGGUGACGGUCGAUCAGGAAAGGGGCGAGGACAGGGACAAGGACAAGGACAGGGUCAAGGUUAUGGAGGUCCGGGUCAGGAACAAGGAGGUCGGGGUGGUUAUGGAACCCAAGGUCAGGGCCAAGGUCCUGGUGGUCGAGGCGGUGGGGGUCCCGGUCAGGACCAAGGUGGUUAUGGUGGCCAAGGGGGCGGUAGACAGGGUCGAGACAGAGGUGGUCCAGGUCAGGACCAAGAGGGUUAUGGAGGGCCAAGCGGCAGCGGCCCAGGUCGUGGAGCCGCAGGUCCAGGCCAAGAUCCAGGUGGCUACGGUGGUUCGGGGGGCGGUGGCCCAACUCAAGGCCCGGGUGCCCGUAGCGGCGGAGGUCCGGGUCAAGGCCAAGACCAAGGUCCGGGUGGCCGAGGCGGCGGAGGUCCGGGUCAGGAUCAAGGUAGUUACGGAAGUUCAGCUCAGGGACAAGGCGGCUGGGGUGGCUCUGGACCUGAUCAAGCCCAAGGUCCGGGUAGUCGAAGUGGUGGAGGUCCAGGUCAGCAGGGACAAGGCCCGGGACAAGGCGAUUAUGGUUCAGGUCAGGGACAAGGUCCUGGCGGUAGAGCUGGUGGUGGUCCAGGGCAGGGGGGACAAAGUCCUGGCCAAGGUGCUUAUGGGGGUCCAGAUCAGGGACAAGGUCCAGGCGGUCGUGGUGGUGGAGGUCCAGGACAGCAGGGACAAAGUCCUGGCCAAGGUGGAUAUGGGGGCCCAGAUCAGGGACAAGGUCCAGGCGGUCGAGGAGGCGUAGGGCCUGGACAGCAGGGACAAGGCCAGGACCGAGGUGGUCGUGGUAGUUAUGGAGCUUCAAAUCAGGGACAAGGCCCAGGUGGUCGUGGUGGGGGAGGUCCGGGUGAGGAGGGCCAAGGACGUGGUGGAGGUGGUCCAGGGCAGGUAGGUCAAGGCCCGGGCCAAAAUGGCUAUGGCGGUCAAGGUCAGGACCAAGGUGCAGGUGGUAAAGGCGGAGGAGGUCCUGGUCAGCAGGGUGCAGGUCAGGGUCAAGGCCCUGGUGGUUAUGGCAGCGAAGGACCUGGACAGGACGGUAGGGGACAAGACCGAGGUGCUAGGGGAAGCUAUGGUCAGGGACAAGGCCCAGGUAGUCGGGGCGAAGGAGGUCCUGGUAACCAAGGUCAGGCCGGUCCGGGUCAAGGGCAAGGUCCGGGCUCAAGUCAGGGACAGGGCCCAGGGGGUUAUGGAGGUACUGGUCAAGACCAGGGUGGACGUGGACCAGGUCAGGAGCAGGGUGGACGUGGACCAGGUCAAGGGCGAGAAGGAGGAGGGCCAGGUCAGGGACAGGACCCAGGUGGUUAUGGAAGUACAGGUCAAGAUCAGGGCGGACGUGGACCAGGUCAGGGACAGGGUCAAGGUGGUACUGGUCAGGACCAGGGUGGGCGUGGACCAGGUCAAGGUCGAGACGGAGGAGGACCCGGUCAGGGACAGGGCCCAGCUGGUUAUGGAGGUACUGGUCAGGACCAGGGCGGACGUGGGCCUGGGCAGGGACAAGGCCCCGGUGGUUAUGUAGGUACUGGUCAAGAUCAGGGCGGACGUGGACCAGGUCAGGGACAGGGUCAAGGUGGUUAUGGGGCUACUGGUCAGGACCAGGGUGGACGUGGACCUGGUCAAGGGCGAGACGGAGGAGGACCAGGUCAGGGACAGGGCCCAGGUGGUUAUGGAGGUACUGGUCAGGAUCAGGGUGGACGUGGGCCUGGUCAGGGACAGGGCCCCGGUGGUUAUGGAGGUACUGGUCAGGAUCAGGGUGGACGUGGACCAGGUCAGGGACAGGGCCCAGGUGCCUAUGGAGGUACUGGUCAAGACCGGGGUGGACGUGGACCAGGUCAGGGACAGGGUCCAGGGGGUUUUGGAGGUACUGGUCAGGACCAGGGUGGACGUGGACCAGGUCAGGGACAGGGACCAGGUGGCUAUGGUCAGGACCAGGGUGGACGUGGACCAGGUCAGGGACGAAACGGAGGAGGGCCAGGCCAAGGAAAGGGCCCAGGUGGUUAUGGAAGUCCCGGACAGGACCAAGGCGGUCGUGGGCCAGGCCAAGGACGAGACGGAGGAGAACCAGGUCAAGGUCAGGGUCCAACUGGUUAUGGACGAGAUGGAGGAGGUCCAGGUCAGGGCCCAGGUGGUUAUGGAAGAGAUGGAGGUCCAGGUCAAGGCCCAGGUGGUUAUGGAAGAGAUGGAGGUCCAGGUCAAGGCCCAGGUGGUUAUGGAAGAGAUGGAGGUGGUCCAGGUCAGGGCCCAGGAGGUUAUGGACAAGAUGGAGGAGCUCCAGGUCAGGGCCCAGGUGGUUAUGGCCGAGAUGGAGGUCCUGGUCAAGGCCCUGGUGGUUAUGGGCGAGAUGGAGGAGGUCCUGGUCAAGGCCCAGGUGGUUAUGGCCGAGAUGGAGGUCCUGGUCAAGGCCCUGGUGGUUAUGGGCGAGAUGGAGGAGGUCCUGGUCAAGGCCCUGGUGGUUAUGGAACUGGUCAGGGUGGAGGACCUGGAGGUGGUCCAGGUGGACAGCGUGGAGGCCCUGGUGGUGGUCCUGGAGGACAGCGCGGUGGCCCUGGUGGACCUGGAGGCCCAAGAGGAAGUCAAGGCGGUCCCGGUGAUAAUUUAUUGGUCGGCGAUAGUCUAAUCAACGCUGCUGACGAUACAAUUGACGCUAUGAAGGAUCUGAUGAUAAAGAACAACUUACUUCAGAAGGAGCUAGCCGAAUCCAAGGAUAACUUGGGAACAGCCAGGGCGGAGAAUGCUGAUAUAAAGCGAAUCAUGAAUCAACGUUACGAUCCGGACAAAAGCAAAGCGCUUAAAAAUAAAAUCAGGCAACUGGCAAACGCGGGAAAAAUCGACCCCGAUGAUGAAAGGGAACUCACUGAACUGCAAAGAUCUAUUGAUGAUAUGAACAAAGCCCAUGAUAUUUUAGAGGUGGAAAAUGCCAACCUUAGGCGAAUCAUUGAGAAGCAGUCGAAGCGAGCCCCAAUGGAAAACAUCAGGAUCGAUCCUGAGAGAAGCAGUGACGUUAGCUAUUUACAAAAUAAGAUCAAUGCUAUGGGCAAGGAAUUGGCGUUGUUGCGUCAGCAAGAAGACGAAAAUAUGAGAUAUGGUGGAACCACCGGCUCAAAUACGCCUGAGAUGGAUGUUGAACGCAUCCAACAAAUGCUGUCGGAGCGAGAUGGUCUACGCAAAAAGAUUAACGAUCUAGGCUUUCUUGAUGAUAAGGUCAAACGACUGUCGAGGCAGGCUGAUCGGGCAGAUUACGCUUCUGGUGAUCUAGCCAAGAGUUAUGAAGCACAAAAUCAAUAUAUUCAUGACAUGGAGUGCGACAUUCAAGAAAUGCAAAAAUAUUACGAAGGCGAAGUGGAACAAUCGAAAUACAAUGAGGAAUUACUUAAAUGUGCCUGUAAUGAUCUGCAACAACAAGUCAUUGCUCUCCAACCGGCAUCUCAGCGUUGCAAGUGCAUGCAGUUAGAAAUCGAUGUGCUACGCAAUGAGCUUCGUAAGCGGGAUAUUGCCUUGAAUUCCUACGAUUGCCAGUAUCAACAGCUAAUGCAUAAAACGAAAACAUUCAAGAAAUCCGGUUAUCGUUUCCUUGACGAGUUGAUAGAAAGUUGCGAUGAUAGUUGUCUCAACAAAUCUGGGAUUGAGGAAGACGGAGAUAUUACUUGUUAAUGCCGCUCCAAAUAUCAUAUGUUUAUUUUAUCUCCCCCCAAAUCGCCAAUCUAUGUUAUCCAAAAACUGUUUUUAAAAUUCUGUAGUCUAUCAUUGAAAUUAUAAGUGCACAAAUCUGUUAUGUGAAACUGUAACAAAAAAAA